UUAAGAAAAUUACCUUAAUUAUUGAUAUGAAUUAGUGCUUACAAGCAUUACUUGUUGAUUUUUCGACCAAAUAUGCUUCUGUUCCCGCGUUAACUUUGUGAACUUGCCAUGAAUGGACAUGGCUCGUCUUGACAUUUAUUAGGUCUGAAAAGAAAACAAAGCUAUAUUUUGCGUGCAAUACAACGGUUGAAAAUGUUUUCGAAGUCUCUAACCAGCAAGGAUACGUUCCUGGAGCAGACAAAAGCGGCGCGGGAGGAGCGGGCUUUGGAAAAGAAGCGAGAACAGUCUGCUAUUAAAAUACAAGCAAUUGUACGAGGAUGGCUGGCCAGACAUAGAUUCAUUAAACUUAUUUUGGAUGAUUUUGACAGACUUCUCCCAGAAUCAGCAAAUCAGGGGUCACAAGAUGAGUCCCAACCCCCAGAGCUUAUUCAGGCAUUGGAUGUAUACAGAGUGGCUUGUAGGCUGUUUCUCAUAUUCAAGCAGCAAAGAGAUAAAAAGAGAUUUGAGAAGCUAUGCAAGUAUAUAGUGCAGAGCUUACACUCUGAGUCAGUUAAAAUAUCUUAUGUUGGUGUUUUUCUGAAUAAAGAAUACAGUUUCAGAUGGAUAGCACAUAUAAAAGACUUGUUAUACAAAUGUUGUCAAUACCUAGAGGAAUUGAAACCCGAGUCCCCAAUAGACAUGCAGAGUAUACUCAUCCAUCUCCACACGCUCCUGGCGUUCACUGCUACAAACACAUGGGCAUUGACGAGGCUCAAAAACUUUGAGAAGCUCCGCGGUGGUAUGACACAACUAUGUGCCAAUGUUAUGGGCUCAUUAUUCCAUAGAGGCUAUUAUUUAACUUUGAAGUCACUUCUCCUUAGAGGUUUGUGUCGUGAGAAAGUCAGUCUGAAGAAUAUAUCACUGACGGCCAUUGUGACACUUGCACUGAGGCCGCUAGUGUCGGCACAGUUCUCGGAGAAGCUGCUCACCAUGUACAUCAUACAGAUACUGUCUGUACCAACAUUGGUGUUUCACAUGCAGCAGAUAUCACCUGAGUCUAUAGCAGCGUUCAGAUCACACGGGAUGUUCGACAAAUGUGUUGAAUUCCUGAGUGCGGAUCAGAACAUGCGCAUCGUGUUCAACACUCUGGAGGGCAACUAUGCGCUGUGUUUGCUCGCCAACCUCAUACAGCUGGCCUACUGCGAGAGAGAGCACGCUCAGCCCAACACAUAUUACCCCACUUUUGUGUUAGUGGUGAGUCGUUUCUUAGACUGUUGCCAGCAAUACGUAGUUUGCAAGAAGGGUAACUUAAGCAACUGGCAUCCCAUCCUCGGCUGGUUCGCACAAAGCUUCGAUGCGUACCUCCCCCCUGCUAUGGGGAACUUGAGGUUCCAAUUGUCCUUGUUAUGGGGUAUUCCGUUAUUGAAGAAGCUACUCGGGAGCCCUUUGAAGGACAUGCUCGAUGCUGGUAUCACGGGGGAGGAGGGGGCGGGACCUUCUCAACCCUCGACGCCGGUACAGAGUAGCAACCCCGCUUCGUUUAUUAGACGGGCCAUAGAAGCUAGGACUAGUAGAUCCAAUUCAAGCAAGAAUUUUAGAAAAUUAGGAUCGCCCGAUUGUACAAAAGUUGCACUCAUUUGCUCCAUGUAUCACACGGCGCUGCAAACUAUGUCGCAAGUUAAAUUAGAUAUAUUGACUGGUCUUUGCAACCAGGAUGAAAUACUCUAUGCAUUAUGGCAAUUCCUAUGCACAUUGGGACCAAACAGUGGACUGAAAGCUUUCCUUGAUCUCUUAGCUCUAAACACUAAAGCUUCGGCUCCGGAGUUUCAAAUGCUCAUUCUUUUUAGUGAUUGCAUGACGCAUUAUGUUACGAUAUUAGAUGACAUGGAAAUGUAUGAAAAGCAGGACCCUUUCAAGUUGCAAGACUUUGUCAACAUGUCGCACUUUCUGAACAUGUUCAUCUAUAAAUCCAUUAUAGGACAAUUAUUUGAUUUAAAGACGAUACAAAGCAACGAAGUUUUCGCGUCUUUACACACGCUGCUAUUGGCACUAUAUCGCCGCGACUGUCGGCGUGCGUACGCGCCCACGCAGCACUGGCUUGUACGAGAAAUACGCGAUUCGCAGUUCAUGGCCGACCUCGAGAAGGGCAAGAAGCCCCAGCAGGUCUUAGUGCAAAAGACACCUCAUAUGAUUGCUCAUGGCGAGAGGGUGCGGCUUUUCAGACGAGCAGUUGCGGAUGAAAAGGUGGUGCUAGGUCUAACAGAGCGCGCGUGCGGCGGGCGCUCCACGCUGGUGACGGUGCGGCGCAACCGGCUGGUGGAGGACGGCUACCGGCAGCUGGCCGCGCUGCCGAGCCGGGCGCUGCGCGGCGUGGUGCGCGUGCGCUUCAUCAACGAGCAGGGCCUGGACGAGGCCGGCAUCGACCAGGACGGCGUGUUCAAAGAGUUUCUAGAAGAAACCAUCAAACGUGUGUUCGACCCGUCCCUGAACCUGUUCCGUGUGACGAGCGAGGAGCGCCUGUACCCGUCGCCCACGUCGUGUCUGCAGGAGAACCACCUGCAGCUGUUCGAGUUUAUCGGACGCAUGCUUGGGAAGGCUGUUUACGAGGGUAUAGUGGUGGAUGUGCCGUUCGCGUCGUUCUUCCUGAGCCAGGUAUUGGGGCAGACGCAGCAAGCGCUCUAUAGCUGGAUUGAUGAGCUGCCUUCCUUGGACCGGGAUCUGUAUCGCAGUCUGACUUAUAUCAAGCACUUUCAGGGCGACAUUUCGACACUGGAGCUCACAUUCUCCGUGGACGAGGAGAGACUGGGAGAGAUUGUCACGCACGAGCUGGUCCCCGGGGGGAAAGCGAUACCAGUGACUAAUGAGAACAAAAUAAACUACAUACACUUGAUGGCACAUUUUCGGAUGCACACGCAAAUCAAAGACCAGACAAACGCUUUCAUCAAGGGAUUUAGAACAAUUAUCAACCCUGAAUGGCUUUCAUUGUUCUCUACUCCAGAGCUCCAACGUCUUAUAAGCGGCGACAACGUGCCGCUAGACCUGCGCGACUUGCGUCGUCACACGCAGUACUACGGCGGCUUCCACGACUCGCACCGCGUCGUGUGCUGGCUGUGGGACGUGCUGCAGAGGGACUUCACCGAGAACGAGCGCGCUAUGUUCCUGAAGUUCGUGACGUCAUGCUCCAAGCCUCCGGUACUGGGGUUCGCGCACCUCAAGCCUCCCUUCUCGAUCCGAUGCGUGGAAGUCGGUGACGACGAGGACACCGGUGACACUAUUGGCAGUGUCAUACGAGGAUUUUUCACAAUCAGAAAGAAAGAUCCACUCAAUCGACUGCCGACUUCCUCUACGUGUUUCAACCUACUAAAACUACCGAACUACCAAAAACGAAGUACACUGCGCGACAAACUACGAUACGCGGUAAACAGUAACACGGGCUUCGAACUUUCGUAGUCGGCUCGCGACUCAAAAGUAGUUAAUAUUUUUAAACACGAAUUUAAAAAAUGUUGUAGUUGAAUAUUUUGGAAAAAAAAUUACACGUUCGCACCCUUCACUUUUAAUUAUAUUAAAGGAAAACAUGGUGUUAGAUGUGCUAAAUUUUAACUGAAAAUAGUUUUGUAUAGAACCAAAUUGUCUUUGGCAGGAUUUAUGAACGCAUAGAGAUAAGUAGAAACAUCUCUAUGAAAAAGUGUUUUUCAAAAAGCGUUGAACUAAGGAUUAUGGAGGGAUCAAGAGGUUCUACUCUCCAUCAUCAAAUAUUGGAACUUAACUUAUAAUUGCUUAAUGUUAUUCAUACACGUAAUUGCUUGAUUUACUUGCACAAGUUUAAACUUGCAUAAUAACAACAACUAUUUAAUUUUUGUCAUUUUUUUUCUCUAGUCUCGUGAUAUGACGUAUUGCGCAUUUUAUAGUAAAAUCAUUAAUCCUGCGAAUUUUCUGACAGAUGCUAAUGUCACUUUGUAAAAUAGUGAUACCAUAUUUAUUGUCAUAGUGAUGUCCUGUUCUAUAUAGGUAAAUAAUAGUGCCUCAGUUCAUUCACUCUCAAAGAGGAAUUUUGAACAGAAAUUUCUAUCAUACCGCUUUGUGACAAACGGUUGAAAGAAAAAUUGUGUAAAUUAUGUAAUUGACCAAUUCUUAUCUAGCCUAACUAUAACAGAUGUAUGUAACUGUUAUUUAUUAAAAUUAUUUAUUAAUUUGGUUCAGAAUAUAUUGAGUGAGCCAUGUUCGUUCACUUUGUCACAUCACUAUUUUUGAUUUGAUACAAUAACAGAUAUAAUAACAGGUAACUGUUAUUUAUUAAAAUUAUUUACUAAUUUGUUUCAGAACAUAUUGAGCGAAUCAUGUUCGUUCACUCUGUCACAUCACUAUUUUUGAUUCAAUAAAAAAUUGUAUCACAGGAAACUUCAGUGGAGAUCGCAGAAUUCAUUAUUCGACUAUAGUGGUCUUAAUAGCGUAAUUUAUUGUUUACCUUUACAACCUGACACUUUUUGGCUAAAGGUGGUUCUCCUUAUCUCUCCUCUUUAAAUGGAUGUCCAUAUACAAUGAACACUAAGAAUUAUGGACCACCUAAUGCUAGUCACAAACGGUCAAUUAUUCUCACGUUUCUGUAGCACUAUUAUUAUAGUAUACUAUUAUAGACUAUAAUUGAUCAUGUGUUGGUCACUGCGUACAUGACUUGUAUAGUAUGCCGCGUGGGUACUGCCGUUUGCUUUUCAGAAAUGUAAAAAUGAUUGACCGUCAAUGGCGAUCUUAACGUUAAGUGGUAUAACUAUCGUCUAUACAGCAACAUUUCGCAUGAAAACCCUUUAAGAACAUGUCCUUUGCUGCUGGGUAGUAGAAAUAAUUACAGUAUCAGCCCCUGUAGCCAAGUGGCACGUCGAUGAUCUUUCUACGAUCGUAAACGCUUCGAAAUCUAGAAAAAUGUAUAGGAAUCGAGAUCUUGAUCCCGUUGUAGCGUUAUCCAUAUAAAUUUUAUUCUAUAAUCAUUAUUAGCGUAUCCACAUUAAUAUUUAGUUCGUAGAUUAUCUAUAAGUUUACAACGUACCAAAUUGCAAGUCAACAUGUGGCGCGCACAUGUCGAUACUAACAACUCAAGAACACAUUAUUAACCCAAUAUAUUAAGUAAUAUUAAACCAGUUGAACAGUAAACGUCGAUCAAUAAACACACUUGUCUUUGCCCCCUUACCUUCGAACCACACACGGCAAAGCGUGACCUGUCGAUAGCAAAUGUCAUUCCUAUACAUUUUUCUAGUUUUAAGGAGAAUCGACGUACCAAUUGGCUACAGGGGCGGAACUUCCUCAGAAGUCAUUAGUCUCUCUAUGGAACUCUGUUACAAAAAGCUUCAGGGCUAACCUUAGUGUUCAUUGUAUAAAAAUGAUAACGAAACGCUUUCACUAAAUUAUUUACGGUAAUUUAAUAGCACUGUUAUUUAUCUGUUUUAUCAAUUUGCACACGAUUUUUAUAGAAAUGGCAAAACAGUGAACUCCAGUCCAAAAUUACUAAUACGUGUACAUAGACAAUAACUGUUUAUUGUAAGUUGUUCUCUGUAUAAAUUAUGUAUAAGGGUCAUAGCUCAUUAGAUCCACCCGCCACCUGCACGACAUUGUUGUUCUUAGCAGAGAUCCUGCUUUCCGAACCGGUGGUAGAACUGCUAGAGUCAAUAUAAACAGAUAGACCUGACGUUUCAAAAGUGCUUCUAAAUCAAGCCUACUUGAAUUUCAAGCAAAUGAAAUUUGUUUGGCGUCCACAUUUUUCUAGUCAGGACCUCCUAACUAGAACACAAACACGAAGCUUAACAUGCAUCCUCGCUGAAUUAUUAGCGGGUAGCGCGAUGUCUACUUGCAGUCAACGUAAGGCAAGUAUGCAAUUGGACCCCACAUCUACUGCAUUACAGACUAGCUGACGCCCCGCGAUUUAUAUAGUUAAUACGGGGAUAAAAGAUAGCCUAUGACGCUCACAUGUAACGUUGUUUACGAGUGGUAAAAGAUCUUUUCGAAAUUGGUUAAGUAGCUCCAGAGAUCACCCCCCCUAGAACCUCACACACUUUACCUCUUUACAAUAGUAGUAUAGAUUUGAUGUAGUGAGCGAAGUCCAUAUAAAUAAUUCUAACCGUACGAGUCAGGCCGAUGUUUGCGUGCUGUGUGGCUCUAAUGCGCUAUAACCUUAUUAGGGUAUUCUCUAUAUACAGUACGCGUUACUCUUUAGGUUUUUAGCUGGCCAGAUAAAGCGGUCUGAAUCUUGAGCCGCUAUUUCCAUAAAUAUUUAUGUAUCGCAGUUAUUACUUACAACCAUUGAACAUUUUCUUACAACAGAUUUUAUUAACAUUAUUAUAUGUAUCGACUUAACUUGUGACUGCGAUCUCACUAGUUGUUAAAUGACGUGCGGUAGGUACAGAAUGCAGUGUGGUAGGUACUCGUAUUGACUGAUACAUUUUAUUACCAUAAUAAACUGCUAUUGAUAUUCUAUUUAAAGAAGUAGGUUUGGUCUUGUAGUAGUAAGGGAUCAGCACAAACGCAUCUGAGUUUGUAAACUAAAGGAACGUUAGCGUAACAGUAAUACAUUGUUAAAUUAUUUAGAGUAAUACAGUGCAUUUUUGUGCUUUGCUUCAGCUCCUUUAAUUUUACACACAAAAAUUCUCAUCUUUACCUGCACCCAACUACUACAAAGAAAGCCACUUUUCGAAAAUAAAAUAUCUAUGUUUUUGCUCUAGUGAAUAGUUGAUUCGGUUCAAUUUGGGUCACAUAUUUGUCACAAAUUAAAGUCUAUUUUACACAUCAAUAUCUACACACAUAUAAGACAAACAGCAUUACAGUUGUAUAUACCACUAAUGUCUACUCUACACCAUCAGUCAUGAUGGACAAGAACAACAUUGGGCACGAUUGACAAUAUAGUUGCUCAGCUCUCAUGCUAAUUUUUAGGGUUCUGUAGUCCAUAACAAGAGCUUACAAUGUUUUCAUAUUGCGACGAUCGCGUAAACGCGAAUUUCUAAGGAAUUAAAACAAUUGUGCAGUUUGUUAAAACUGUAUCAGUAUUGUUAAAACAAUAGCUGGCACUAAAUUUCUUAGAAAUUCGCGUUUCCGUUUACGCGAUCGUCACAGUAUGAAAACUAUCACUAGGCACUCAGUUAUAGUUUCGCCAUGUCCGUUUGUCUAUCGGUCUGUCCGCGGCUUGGCGGAGAGACUGUUACUACUAGAAAGCUGUAAUUUAGCAUGAGUAUGUUCAUAAUGUAUGAAAACUAUAACAGCUAAGUAUUUAUUGUCGAUAAUUGUAAUAUAUUGUCGACCAACCUAAUAAACGUAAUGGGAUUUUGAAAACUGCAUGCUAAAUAAUUUUAUGUACUAUUCUUUCGUACAUACCGUUUUGUGCAUACGUGCGAGCAAGACGCAGAGAUUUGUACACUUUUAUUUUCGACGUGCAGAAUUCGGUUGAAACACGUAUUUUGUAAAUUAAAAAUAGUUGUCUGUAUUUUGUUGUACAUAUAGAAACAUUCACCACUAUUUUGGGCAUUUUUAAACUUUUAAACUCACUAGUUUUUUAUAUAUAUCUUGUAAAAAUAAACAUUGUAUGGAUUUUUCACAUAAUCAAAUUUAAAAUGUAUGUAUUUUAGGAUUUCAAUUAUUUUUUGUUAGCCAUUAAUUAGAAACCAUGUAGAGACUCAUUUUGUGUUAGAUUGAGAGCCAGACCUUCGUCGUUUUAUAAAAUAACUAGCUCACGCCGCACGGUUUCACUCGCGUGGUUCCCGUUCCCGUAGGAGUACGGGGCUAAUAUAUAGUCUAUAGCCUUCAAAUCAAAAUUAUUGUAAACUAAUAUUUUACACUAUCUCCGAGUGCUAUAUGCUAUAUUUUACCCCUUUAUUCCUAUGGGAACGAAAACUACGCAGGCGAAUUCGCGAGGUUCUGCCAUUUAAAUAUAAAUAAAUUACGUCUUAUAUUUGGCCAAUUGAGGGUUUGGAUUUGGACCCCUGAAACUUGUUACCUACUAAAGCCCAAACUUCAUAGUUCCCUACCGUGCUUACCUAUUAGGAACAUGAGUUGACAAACCUUAGGUUUUCAGUAGCGUCUCAUGUGCUUUGAAUCUGCAUUUUAUGGAGACUUGCUCUGGGCAGAUACCAGUGAAAAUAAGAUAUGUCAGCUCGCUCUUUUUUAUUCCCUUCACCAAAAUAUCAAUAUCACCCUCAGACCAAUUAUUGUAUAGGACCUGCCUCGCUAGACGUGACAUUUCUGUCAAAGUAUAUGAUCAACGAUCUAAUGCGAUUAUAAAAACUGUCUCUAUAAAAUCGAUGUUAAAUAAUUGUAAUCGUGUUCGUCGGUUAAAGAGCUCUGUAAAAAUACCCUUUUGUGUAAUUGAGUUGUGUAAAAAACGGGCAAAAACUUCUAGUUUAGUAUAAGAUAUAUACCAAAUCUAAGCUCGUUUUCCUCAGAAAAUGACAGACAAUUUUGUUCGUGAUUAUGAGUGCGAUACAGGUCCUUCUAUAAUUGGUCUGAGAUAUCACCUGAUGAUAAUUGAUGAUGUAAUUUUAAAAUGAGGAAGAUGUAGCCAUCACUGGCCAGCAUGAGCUGAAAAGCUUUCAGCUGUUAUAAAAUGACGAAGACAUCACUGGCUCUUAUUACAUGUUUGUAUCUAACGAAAAUCUAAAUUAGUACAAAAUUAUUUAAUACUUAAAAGAUCCUCAAUUUAUUUUUCUAUAUAGAGUGUUUUAUUUUUGUAAUUUUUGUUAAUAAAUCGUGGUAGUGAUUCAUAAGAGAUUCUGUAAAUAUUGUAUACUUAUUUUGUGAACAUGUUUGAAGUUGUAAGGGUGGUACUUUUAACUGGAGCAUUGGAGACCGGUAUUCAUUAUCACUAUAGGCAAACUGUAUAUCUCAGUCCUCGUCCGCAAAGUACAGUGGUAAGACGACGAAGAAGACGAGGUAAGAAGAAAGCUAGUGAGGGACUGCAUUAUAAAAGGACCUGCCUCGCUAGACGUUACCCCUUUGUCAAGGAUCAAGAAUCAACGCAAUGAUCAAACGCGUUUAUAAAAACUGCUUCUAUAGAAUCGAUGUUUCAUUGAUGUAAUCGUUUUCGUCAUGUUAAAAGCUCCUUAAUUUUGUAGUUAAAUGGCAAAAAAAAACGGUGAACAACUUGGAAUUUACUAUAAGAUGAAAAAGAUUACUAUAAGAUGAAGUUACGUUGCAUUUGGAAGUAUUUCUAGGUUAAAUGAAUCAAAUUUACAAUAAAAAAGAAUCGAUUCUUCAGCCAAUCAAUUGGUGUUGAAUAUUUUCAAUGUGUGAGUUUACCUCAUCCCCAUCAAAAAAUGACAGACGAUUUUGUUGGUGAAUUUGGGUGUCUAGUCCUUAUGUAUUUAGUCUGAGGGCUGAAGAGAUAUUCUUCAUUCUUUACCAGGCUCGCGUUAGGUAAGGUUACUUUCGCUCCCCUCUUCGACCUUCGUCAUAUUCCGCAUGCCUUUACCGCGCAAACUAGGACUGAGUUUUGCGACUUGCCUAUACAUUCUGAUAAUGAUUCUUAUAGAAUCCACCAAUCCACAUAAAUGCAGCGACGUGGUUCUUAGUUAAAAAAUGUCCUACUAAAGGCCAUCAAAAAGGUUAAAAUAAAAUAGCAACGGAUUGUUGUACCAUUGCAAUUUAAAAGUCACCCUACCAACUUCUCUGGUAUAAAGUGUUUUAACGGCACUAAUUUUAUAGUACAGCCAAAAGGCACAUAUAUCAUGUAAUCAAUAUGUAGAUUAAUUUGUACAUACAUUUACUUUCAUGUAUAUCAAUUGUGUAUCGAAGCUAUAUUUUACUUAACCAGAAUUCAGUGUGUAUUUUCCAUGUAUACCCUUUAACGCACAAGUCUGAUAUGUUAUGUGUAAAGAUAUGGGACUGGGACAACUCCGGCGUCAUUGGUGGACAUUUUGUCUAUUUCUAGAGACUCGAGAGAUGUUCGUUUGGCCUUAGAUGUAGUGGUAAAAUGUACAUACCAAACGCGCUUGUGUGUAUAACAUGAUAGUUCGUUUCGUUAAAGAACACUCCUUCAGUUUCACACAUCAACGUUUGUCUGCACUCCUCACUUCUACAUCCAAAGUCAAGUGGACUUCCAAAAGUAGACAAAUCAUACUGAGUUGUUAACGUGGCAUUUUACUAAGGAUGCAUGGUUUUCUAUACUGUAACCGGUUAUCUUUAUCAAACGGCACAUUAACUCCAAAAGAGUCCAUACAGUUUAAUAUUUAAAUAAUCGAGCUAACAAAUGAAAAUUAAAAAAAAUUUAAUACCCUCUAACAGUUAUGAACUUUCAUGUUAUCAAGAAUUGCUCCUUUCGUUAAGAAGUAAUGAUGCCACAGACACUUCAAUUUCAUAACGAUCCCCUUUUUAAGUCGUAGAUUAAUUAUCAAGAAGAUAGUCAAGGACUUGUUAUUUGAUAAAAGCUGAAAGUUCUAGAAUCACGGAUCGUGGUGGCAGAUUUCCAGGGGUCCAGACCCUCGGCCGUCAAGUGCAAAGUAAAAUUUUUAUAUUUUCCUCUGCAUAAUAUAGGAAAUUAUGGCCCCAGUAAUUUAGCUCCGUAAUCUACGACGUAAAAACGAAAAUCACAGAGAUCAAACUUCAAGAGUCUCUGACGAAAGGUUGCUUUGAAAAGAACUCCCGUUGAAGGUAUUUUGUCAAAAAUGUAUAGACGAACAUAAUAAGCAUGCGAAGUAAAGUUAGAUUUUCAGAAAUGUAUUCAUGCUCGUGUAAAUAUAUAAUAAUAAAUGUAUCUAAUGUAUGAAAUUGGAACGGGCGGGCAAUUUUAACUAAUCACCGAAAAGCUUGGCGAAAUAAUAUUAUCUACUAAAAUGUACCAAGACUAUACCAGAUGAUUUGUGGUGAGGUUCUUGUAACGAAAAUAAAUAAAAAUAUAUCAAAUUUACUGGUGAACAGAACGAUUUAGACAACGUUAGGCUUUAUCAAAAACAGCCCAGCAUAUUACAUAAUACACAAUACAUUAUAUUUACAUUACACACAAGUCAUGACUUUUGUAUUGUAAUGUAUUUAUUGUGUAUUUAAUUUUAAUAGCUAAGACUUUCAUUUUGAUACUAACAUAAAAGACUACUUUUUUCUUUUUAUCAAUCUGUUUUUUCAAAAUUACAAAUAUGGGUGGAAAGACUUUAACUUAGAGGAGGUAAAUUACAAAUACUUGUCCAAAUAUUCUUAGCACAUUGAAAUUGAGACUUUUUAUUUUUAAAUUUCUUUAAUUAGAUUUUAUAUAUUUCUACGUUGUGUAGGUACAUUAACCACGCCUAAGUUUCUCAUAUUUGUGGUAUACAGUACUUAUAAACAAUACUCUAUAAGAUAACGUGAUACAUAAAACCGCCAGUUUAUUUCAAAUGUCACCAAAGAAUUUUUCCAUGAUCUCCUUUGGAUUAAGACUUCAGCAUAACGUUGAAUGUGUGCUUUGAUUUAGUUUGGAUACUUUAUUCGUCUUAUUGAAAAAUGGAAAUGUAAACUUUUAACCGCGUAUGAAGGCAAAGAUGUUGAAUAUUUGACGAAAAAAUAUUAAGGAAACCAUUUUGCGUUGUCAGUAGUAAGACUUUACUUAUAGGUUAAGCAAAGAAAUGCAAAAACACAAGUAUACGAUCGAUAUAUUGCACAAGUCUGUAUUUGUGUAAUGUAAUGUAUUGUGUGUGACGCGUACAUAUUGAAUAUUCAACCUGUGUUAAAUUAUUUAGAAGGUAUACUUAAAUUUAUCUUAUCGCACGAUAUAUUACAAUUCAUUACACAAGUCUGUACCCGCCCUUACAUUGACAAUAUUUGUUAGCGUCUACACUGAUUCAAACACAAAUGUAAACAUAAACACCAAUAAAGUAUAGGCCAUUGUUUACAUUUCGUACUAUUUAACAGAAAAACUGUUCUUCUAAGAAUGGGAGGUGUGAUCAACAUCCGUGUCUACUUUAUUAGUACGUGUUAUAUGUAUGCGAUGUUGUGUUCACACAAAACCGUAUACUUGGAUCAGGGUAUCCGCUUAUAUCUAGAAGUUUCGUGUAAUAAAGGACGAAGAACCGGUCUUCUUCCUUUGGUUGGGUGAACUGCGAAGCGUAACUUAAUAUUGAGGUCGGCCUUCAACGCAAUUGAAACUGAAAACGUUAUGGAUAUUCUCUUAAGGGUUUUUUCUGCCAAAAGAAAUCCUUCUAAAUGGUAAACACUAUUUUUUUUAAAUGACUAUUGUACAGACUUAGCUCUAGUUUGCAUAAUUGUGUUUCUAUCGUCGUUACGCACCGCGGUUGUGUGGAUACACCCUUACAGCCCUUUUACAUCGCAAUCGACAACGCAACGGUCGUGUAUUGACUCACUAACCCUGACGUCUCUUCAAGAAGUCAGUCUUAUGGGAGGCGCUAUUGGAAAGUUUCUCUCUAGCAGAGCGACGUUCGUCCAAAACUCUCCAGAGACGCAUAAAUAAACCAUUGAAAGUCGCGUCAGCUCAACAUAUUAUUUUACGCUGGGUUAGCGUUGCGAAGUCGCGGUAUUUGCGUGAAAACCUCGUGAAGGGGCUUGUUAUGUCUUGGCCGCUGUCGUAAUUUUCUCGACAAAAUUCGUGAUAGCACCGCGGAAGCGAUAUACCUGCAACUUUUCUCCAAACGCUAUUCGCGAAUAAUUGACUGCACACAUCGCGGAUAACGCGAAUAUUCAUCGUAUCGCUAUGAGUGCGGCCUAGGCAUUAGUGUAACGUAAAACGAAUUAAUUAACCUUCUAAAAUCACUCAAUGUUGUAUGUAAAAAUGUAGUUAAAUUUUAGAUAUAUUUAUAUUAUACUAAGAAAGUUUUACGUUCUGUUAUUGUAAUUUGAUUUAGUGCAAUCUUCUUUUCGUCGUCUGUAAUCAACCUUAUAUUAAAUUUUAAUGUUGAGCAAAAGGAUAAUACGUAUUUUGUAGUGGUGUUUCCAUUUUCACUGUAAUGUAAGGGUCUGUUCUGGACUGAUGGACACUAGAUUUGCACGAAUAGUUAAAAACCUAUAAAAAGCUUUACCUAUAGUAAUAAUAUUCCAUAUAUUACUUAGUUCAAUAUAUAGGUUAUUCGUUAAGUCGGUGUCUUUCAGAAGAUAAAGUCAACCGAGGUUAUUUGGCAUAAGUAGAUGCGUUAUACGCACGCAAAAAACGCACGCGUGUUAGGUGGCUUUUAUUUUCUGAAAGCGACUGAGUUAUGGAAUACAGACAGGACACCAUCCAUACAUGCCCAUGGUAACGCAUUAGCAUUAUUUAUAUUAUGCCUACCGCUACCCGUAAAUUGUUGACUAUUUAUAGUGAACAAACGAUCGUUUAUUGAAACUUGUUGGCCAUUGUUUUGCAAUUCUAUGAUUUCUAAGCAAACCAAUCAAAACCAAUCAAGACCACUUUUCAAAACUCUACCCCUAAAAAUUUAGGGUUAAAAGAGGGUUGCAGUUUUAGAUAUAAAUCGUUAUAUACUUAUUCCGCUCGUGUAUAAUAUAAUUAUAGACUACACUAUUACAGCUGUGAUUUUUUACAGUACCUUCUAAACAGAAAUUGUGAAUACAGAAAAAGUGAAUUCUUACAGAAUCUUAUAAUUAUAGGGUUUUAACUCGUCGCAAUGAAGUUUUGUCAAGAGCUCCAUCAGUCCGGGAUUGAUUACACUAUUUACUAAUAUUCUUAUACUAUUUAGAUCAUUGUAAGAAAUAUUUUGUACUAGCCACUUAAAAUAAUAUGUUGUAUAACACAAUGUGAUUCUCUGUGAUAAAACAAUUGAUAUUUAUAAA